CGUCUGACAGUGGGAUGGGUCCUAUGAAAGUACGGGAUACAGGUAUUAGCGAGUAAUACUCAUCUUAGGAAACGUUAAGUGUCAUUUGAUCGUGGAGGAGUGUAAUGGCUCUUUCCCAGUGUCUUGAGGAUUCGCCUGGUUGGCGGACACCGAGGACAGGACAGGACGUCAAUGUCAAAGAACUGUACAAUGAGAGACACCGACUCGCUCUGGAAGAGUUGAUCGCCGGUGGGGUGGAUUCCUUCAUGGAAUUCCUAAAGAAAGAGAGGACCCCCAACUUUCUCUCGGAUGACGAGAUCAGGCGGAUUUCACGUGCAGCUGUCGUGCCGAAACUGAUUUCUUUGGUCGGAGAUGAUUCUCAUUUGGACCAUUCUGGCACACUGGACUGCUCAUCUGUCACUUAUUUCCCUGAGAUCUCCGAUAUUGAGCCUCCAGUUUUAGAGAUGGGUUGGCCAGCGUUCACUACAGGAUCGUUCCGUGGAGUGACGCGCGCUGUUGCACACUUCCAACCAAGUUAUGACGAGUGCAUUUAUAGUUGCAAAGAAGCAGCAAGGAGGAUGAUAAAAAAUGCAAAGGAGGUGAUUGCUAUUGUGACAGACUCCCUGACAGACCUGGAUAUCUUCCAUGACCUGCAAGAAGCAUGCACACGCCGCAGAGUCCCCGUGUACAUUCUUUUAGACCAGUCAUCUUUCCCCUCAUUCCUACAGAUGUGUAAAAACCUACAUGUACAGUUGGAUGAACUUCCGCAAAUGAAAGUGCGGACCAUAACAGGCUCUACCUACUACAUGAGAUCAGGUGCUCGGAUCACCGGAAAGGUUCAUGAGCGAUUCAUGCUUAUUGAUGGGAACAGAGUGGCGACAGGUUCAUAUAGGUUUAACUGGACAGAUGGCAAACUCAAUAGCAGCAAUCUUAUCGAGUUAUCUGGCCAGAUAACUGAGAAAUUUGAUGAAGAGUUCCGCAUCCUCUAUGCCCAGUCCCUACCACUGCCAGUGAAUACAAGAGCUCCCUCUAGUGCCAGAAACAGCGGUAUAUAUGACCACCUUGCCCUCAAACCACCUGGAACGCCUCCCUCCCUCUUGGCACGAACAACAAAGCCUCAACCAGAAUGUCUGACGAGCACUCCAGCCAGACUUCAGACCCCAGAGAUCCAACAGAUGAAUAAAGACAGAGAGGAUCGAGACAGAAAGAGUAACCCAGUUUCUGAUACUUCCACUCUAGGAGAAGACUGGAUAGAGCAGGAGCUCCGGGAGGAAGUGUUAACCUCAGAUGGUCCUUCUGGUGUGCUGGCAGUGAAUGUUUGCGAUCACAUUACAACUCACACUCAGACAGUGGAAGUGAUCAUCACUCCUACUUUACCUUCAUGCCAUAUCUCUACACAAACGGCCUGCCAGACAGCAGACAUCAGUGUGCAGACAAGCGCAAACACCUUCCCCUCCAGAAGCAACCAGAUCAGCCCUGGCACCUCAUCCACCUCCAGCUCUUCUUCACCCAAAAAUUGCCCAAAAUCACAGGAGGUGGACUGUCGCACUGUUAUUCACUGCAACGCCGCAGUCCCUCAAGAUGGCGACCUGAGGGAAUGCAUUAGGAAGCUCACUAAAGAGCGACAGUACCGCUACUCCUCGAUUCGCUCCAAGCUGGACCACAUGGUGACACUGCUCUCUCACAAGAGGGAACUGGUGGACCUCACCAACCUGACGCCUGGCCUACAAAGAGGACGCAAAGGUCAGCAGGAGGGCAAACAGGUUCACAGUGCACUUGACAGUGCGAUGAUGGGGACUUGUCCUAGGUCAAGGUGUCUACAGUAAAGGAGGUCUGGAGUGCGGCCUGGUGGUGGGUGUAUUGGUGUUAGCCUGCUUUGUUUUAGUUAUGCACUUUUUGAAAAAUCAAUCAUUUAAUGUUUUAUAGAGAACAAAUCUAUUAAAACUAUAUCUUCUAAAACUAAGAACAGUUUUUCAGCCCUUUGGUUGCAUAUUUCUUGCCUUGUCUUGAGUGAAAUUGUAUUGGAAAAGCAUUUGAAUAUUUCUUUACAACAAAUAUACAGUUUGUUUUGUUGUUGUUUUUUUAUUAGUUUUUUACAUUAUUUAUGGUUGAGUACUUUUAAUAAAAUAGUGCAUUUAAAGGGUUAGUUCACCCAAA